AUGGCACCCCCAGUAAACGACAAGAAGAUUAAGAACAGAAGAAGGAAGAAGAGAAGAACGGAAGACUUUUCCUCUGAUUCAGACUCAGACUCCUCUUCAGAUAACGAAAGUCCAUCUGAGCCACAAAAAACAGAAGUUCCACAGCCUAAAGCAGACAUUGACAUCAACGAUGUGGAUAUGGAGUCUGAUGAAGAGACUCCCAAGACGGCAAACGAGCCACUUUCAAAAGAAGUACUGGAGAAAGUCCGGAGCAUAAAAUUCACCUCGUUAGAGAACCAGUCACUGGCCGAGGCACAGGAGACUCUCAAGAAAGACAAACAGCAAGUUGAAAACGAAUACUUGGCACUCAUGGCAUCUUCAUUUGCAAAUGACAUUGAUGAACUUCGAAAGAAGCCUGACUUUACAGACAAAUCGGUGGUGAUGUUGGCCAAGACGCUACAAUCUGGAAGCAACAUGUUCGAUGAGGACUCACUUGAUGCAUUGCUCAAGAAGUGA